UCAAAGGCGAUCAGUGUGCCGUCUUAACGCCCCCCGGAGAGACACGUGUAGUACAGGAAGGGACGGCCAUUUAUUUACAAACUUAACAUAAGCUAACAUGCGUCGCCUGUUUCUACUUCUGGCAUUGGUCGUCUGGUGUUGCUAUGGUCACGGUAACCACGGACAAGGUGACCACCCGGGUCAAAACAUUCCAGCUGACCAGUUCAAUAUUCACGACCCUAAGAUCACACAGGACGAAGCCCACUUGAAGGAACAUCUGAAGGACCAGAUAGACACAAACAAACAAAUGACACCAGAGGAGAUGGAGUUCCACUACUUUAGGUUACACGACACAAACAACGACACUAAACUGGAUGGACUGGAAAUCAUGGCGGCUCUCAACCACAUGGGACAGAUGUUCAAACUCCAGCCCCAAGAGAGAGCGGGAAAAACACCAGAACAGAUCGCCGCUCUGGAGGAGGAGAGACAGAAGGGGGCGCUCAAAUACUUCACGGACAUCAUUGACAGAGUUCUUGUGACAGAUGAUAUCAACAAAGAUGGCUACAUUUCUUACCCAGAAUACAUGAACGCCCGGAAACGUGACUUUGCGCAGUAUCAGCAACAGGUGAAUGCAAUGCAACAGCAGCAGAUGAUGCAGAUGCAGGCGGCGCAGUAUCAACAGUUCCAACAGUUCCAGCAAUUCCAGCAACAGCAAGCUAAAUUAGGUCAACAACAGCAACAGCAACCAAAUCAACAACAACAUCAACAACAACAUCAACAGAUGAACGCGCAGCAAUUCCAGCAACACCCACCCACUGGCGCCGCCAAAACCUCCUAAUGACUGUCUGAUAACAUGUAUAUCAUCUAGAUGAUCAUGAAAAAACAUAAUCAACAAGUCCAGAUCCUUAUUUUGAUUUCUUAAAACGGCAUUUAUCAGUUUUAUAGCAAAAUUUAAAAAAAAUACCGAUGUUUUUAGUUAAACAUAAAAUCUUUUUGGAUACCUGGUAAAUAUGAAACUCACAUUUUGAUGGAAAAAAGUUAAGUUGUGAAUAUUUGUACAGGGUAAACGCAAAUAUAAUGAUUGUUCGUAUAGAAAACUUCGUAAGAUGAUUAGAUGUUUUUACAUUUGCGUGUGUUUUAAGGUUUUGUGUGCGUGUGUGUUUGAGUGUGUGUGAGAGAUAGAGAAAGAGAGAGAGAAAGAGGGAGAGAGAGAUGGAUGGAUGGUUGCAAAGCAGGUACACGACAGAGAUGAAGUUUUAGCGAUUGUCUUUAUAAAUGAUGUGUCAAAUUGUGAAGAAUCUUGACAAACUUGUAAUUCUAAACUUGUUUUUUGGGUUAAAAAUGAUAUUCAUGUGUACAUAUCUAAAUUCUCAAUAUAUACCAUAGUAUUUAUUAUGAUGGAAAAUAAAAGUUCUUGUCAUAUUACUUUUUUGUUGGUU